AUGUGGGAGUCUGUUGACACUGCCUCCGCCAAGCGCGAGGUUCAGGAGGUGGUGAUGACUCCGUUUCUGCAGCGCUACAUGGCCUACAUGGUUUCACUGGGCAUCAACUUCGAGCAGGCGCGGGGCUCCGCCAUGCGGACGUUGCGCAAGCACGUGGAGCUGCUGGGGACCAGCUACGAGGCCUAUUUGCAGCUCAUCACGCACGACGAGGCUGCGCCAAGGUGA